CAAUAUCUUAAAGGUUAAUUUGGAUGGUAAUAAAAUCUAUCCUUGUAUGGGAUUGGAAGAUCUUCCUAGAAAAUGUAAGAAAAUAGUCUCUUCAUCUGCUAGCAAGCCAGAAUUAUAUGGCGGCUUUAAUUCUUUUGUUGAUUGAUGCUUACAAUUACUACAACUGUUCUUAGAGACAAAUUAAUUGUUUACGAUAAAUGUGAUAAUAAAAUGAAUCAGCUGAAACUCUACCUGGUCAUUUUGCUAGGUUUGACAUACCUUUUCCAAAUGUAUUUAGAGUAUUUUUACAACUUUCAAUUCAUUCAAUAGGCUAGAAGAGACAUAUUAAGUAUUAAUUAUAAAUUAUUAGGCAUUAAAUAUUUUUUAUAAA